CGAAGUGGAUCUUUAAGCCAUGAGGAUACCAUGAUCUCAUUCCCAAGGACAGAAUCUAGCGUACCCUCACGUCCAGCUAUAACAACCCCUAACUACUCGCUCCCUCUCACAUCCUUAACAAAUUACCUUCAUCCUUACCUACCUCAUCUAUCUACUCUCCUCAUAACGAGUACACUUUCCCAACCCACAAGGAUAUACCUCCAAGUCAUAAUCACCCUCUACCACCUGAACAGAAACAGAACAGAAGAAAGGAAGCAAGGAACCAUGCCCUCCAAACCCAUCAACUCGCCCCCGCAGCAACCAAAGAAGGCCCACGGCCACGCCCUGGACGACGCCCCGAUCGACGACUACGAGGACGAGAACGCCUGGAAUCUCCAGGAUGAAGACGAUGCGCAAAAAGACCAGAGCGAGCGUCUGCCGUUCGACGCGCCGAAUGUCGCCGCCGCCAGACGCAUGAAUCAUCCGCAGGUGGAGCGGGAUCACUAUGGGACUAGUGGGUCGAAGAAUCGGUCGAAGACGGGGCAUUAAUUUCUUGUUAGUGGGUGUUUGAUUUGCUUAGCCUAGGCCGGGGGAAGGGGAGAGGGGUUUAAUCGUUGGGGUAGAUUAUGUGUCCGGUUUUGUGUUUUAUCUUUCAGUAGGUUUGAGUUGGAGAUGGAGGUACAGCACUAGGUACAGACUAAGUUUGAGUAGGAAUCAUGAAAGAGAU